GGUUUUGAUAUUAUUCACUCCUUGCGAAAUUGUAUCAUAUGAUGUGAAAAUGGCACAUUCUGCUCAAAAAGGAAGAUUAAUUGCUGUAAUUGGUGAUGAAGAUACCUGUACUGGGUUUUUGCUUGGUGGAAUUGGAGAGUUGAAUAAAAAAAGAGAGCCCAAUUUUCUUGUUGUUAAUAAAAACACUCCUCGCCAUGACAUAGAAGAAGCAUUCAGAGGAUUUUUGAAGAGAGAUGAUAUAGCUAUUGUAUUAAUAAAUCAAACAAUAGCAGAAGAAAUAAGAUAUGCAAUAGAUUCACAUGACCAGCCAAUUCCAGCAGUAAUAGAAAUUCCUAGUAAAGAUGCGCCAUAUGAUGCUAGCAAAGAUUCAAUAUUGAGAAGAGCAAAGGGUAUGUUUUCCGCAGAGGACUUUAGAUGAGAUCUGAUGGACAUUAGUAUCACUAGUGAAUGUAAACAGGACAGUAGAUUAGACUUGACAUAUUGUAGCUGAACUAAAUUAAUAUCAACAUUUUUGUCAUGCACUGGCAAGGUGGUCAUUUAUGUUGAUUAAUUCUUUAAAUUCUGAACCAUGCAGUGUUCACAUUCAAUAUAGACAUGCAUAAAAUGAAAGCAAUUUGAACAAAACUCAUGAAUAAUAAAAAUAGUUAGUUUUGACUUUUAAAGAGUGUACAUUUACUGAAUGUAAAUUUAAAACUUUAAAAAAAUAAUAAUUUGCUGAAUUGGAACUGAGCAAUUUUGGAUAUUUUAUCCUGCAAUUCUAUUUAAAAAUACAGAUAUACAAAUAAACUGAUGUAAUAUUCAUAUAGUAUACAUUAUCUUCUCCUGGUAUCCUUCUUCUAUUGUGAGUGAAUGGUAAUAUUCAAACAAAGUUUAAUCACAGUUCAUUUUGGUGUCCUCACCAAGGUCUGUACUCAAGAUAGUCAAAUUUUACAAAGAAAAAACAAUGACUUGAAAUUAUUAAACUAGAUAUUUAACCAUGAACAUUUAAAUGCAGGGUAAAAACAAGAUAUGAACAAUGUGGAAAAUAUACAAUUUAUUUGAUCUGGCUACAUAUUAAACAGGAGAAAAGUUUGACUAGUCUCACCUUUCUCUCUGUUUCUUAAACUGUUUAAAUAAAGUUUUUAUUUUCUGACAUUAUUCAUACAUUGAAUGUAUUCAUGUAUAUAAUAAAAGUAACAAGAACAUAUUAUCCAGCUUUAUUAAUCAUUUAAUUUUUCAUGUGCGUGUUAAUCUUAUAUUUAUAUACUUAUUUCUUUUACUAUCUAGUCAAAGAAUGUCAUUCCAUUAAGUUUAAUUGAACUUUGUAAAUGUGAUGUAGUAAUGAAUAAAUAUGUAUGUGGA